AUGGAAGAAGACAUUGAAGGAGAUGAAGAUGACGAAGAAGAUGAAGAUGACGAAGAAGAUGCAGAAGUAGAUGAUGAAAGGGAAGAAGGUUAUAGACAUGGACAUGGAUAUCGACAGAGACGAGGAGAUGGAAACGAAAGAGAAAGAAAUGAAGAAGAUGUCAAUGGAAAUGAAGAUGGAGAUGACGAUUCUAUGAUGAUUACAGGUGAUGAAGAAGCUGUUGGUUUAAUUGAUGAUGAUUACAACGAUGAUAAAAAUAACAAUAAUAACAAUAACACCAAUAAUGAUAAUAAUUCAAUGGAGAGACGAAAUGGUGAAAAUGGCGAUGAAAAAGUAAAUGAUUCUAUUGAUAAUAUAAAUAAUCGUAAAAAUAUUGAAAAUGAUCUCAAUGGCUCUGUCAAUGGAAAUAAUAAUAAUCAUAAUUUACAUGAAGGUAAAUUAAGGUUACAUGGAGCUUUCUUCUCUAAUUACAGUCCCAGACUUGCACUGGUUGAUAAAGUAACGAAACGUGGUGAAUCAAGUAGACCAAUGAUUGGACCUGAUGGUAGAUAUCUGUAUCCAUGUGGCUACUGUCAGAAGACAUUUUGUUCAUCAUCAGAUCUCAAUAGGCACAUUGGUUUUCAUGAAAAUGUUCGUCCAUUUAAAUGUGAAUUCUGUGAUUAUCAAAGUCGCACAAACAGUCAACUUAAAGUCCAUAUGAUGAGACAUGCCGGAAUAAAACAGUUUAUGUGUAAUAUUUGCAAUUACAAUGGAGUAACUCAAUCUGAUUUAAAUCGCCAUUGCAAGACACGUUCGCAUCUUCUGCGAAGUGCAAAUAUCUGUUCCAUAUGUUCCUUAGGAUUCUCAACACCAACCUUACUUGAAGAUCAUAUCUUUAAAUUUCAUGACAACUCACAAAAUAACCGUGGAUCAUCAGCAAGUCCUCAAGAAUCAAAGAGCAACUUAUCCUGUCCAACAUCAACCACAGGCACUACAUCAACAUCAUCACCCGCCUUGUCAUUAGCAUCCUCAUCUAGGGAAAGGUUAACAUCGAACCGGUCCGAUGAGAUAGAUAAACAGCAGCAAAAAAACGCUAGUCUUUUGAAACUAAAUGCUAAUAGAUUUUCAGUCAACAAUUUGUUAUAAGUUUCUGUUUAGCUUGAUUAUGAGGAAAAACAACGAGAUCAGCCAUCAUUCCAAUUUAAUUGAAACUUAGCUCAGCUAAAUCCAAUUAAUAUCAGUUUCUUUUAGUUUUUCUUGUACACUUCACUCCGAUGAAAUCAUAACAAAACAGAAAAAUCAAGCAAAACAAAAACUUACACAUUAGUACCAACGAUUUGAUCAUAAUCAUGUAGUGUUAACCUUACUCCAAAUAUUUGCAAAAUGAUGUAAAUCAUCAACAUUAACAUGAAUAUCAUUACUAAUACUUUAACCACCUAAAUCACCUUCAUCAUCUAAACCUUGAAAUAAUGUUCAAUUAACUUACGAAAAUCACUAAUGUUCAAAUUGUACUCCUUAACACCAUUCCAAAGCUAAUUUCCUUUCUUGUUCAUCUCAUCUCUUUGUUUCUCUGUCCAUCCAGCAAAGCUGUUUUCAUUCUUAAUGCUAUUGAUAUUCCUAAAAUUAUUAUUAUUAUUAUUAUUAUUAUCAUUAUCUAUUUAAAUUGUGCUUUUGAUCAUUAUUAGGAUGAUUAGUAUUAUUAUUAUUAUCUUGUCUUCCUUGCUUGUUUUCAACCUCCUUUUAUCUCCGUUUAUUUAUCAUCUCAACCAUGUUAACAUAUUUUGUUCCUGAGAUGAAAUAAUUUAGUUGCAAAAAUUUGUUAAAUGUUUCACAAUUUUCUAGACAAAACAAUUGAAAAGCAUCAAAAUAUGUAUAAGGUAUUAUGGUAACAAUCAAUUUACCAUAAACAAGAAAUACGCAAAAAACCUCAUUGAGAGACAUUCGCUGAGAUUUGAUAAUGCUUUGAAAUGUUCCUCGCAAUUUAGCAUUGAAUUAGCUAAAUGUCUCACAAUAUUGUUCCCUAAUAUAACAAUUGCAAUACCAUUCCCACCAAACAAUGAUUAUGAUAAUACGAAAAUGUCAAUUCUCUGUAAUUCCUUCUUUUAAAUACCUCUUUUUGCCUCAUUUUCAUUCCCUUAAACUUAUCAUUUCUUGUUUAUUCAAUUUUCUUGAAUAUUGUAUUUCCUUUAAUUAUUCCCAUUUUUUUAUAUUUUUUCUCCUCUGUUUCUAUUUUUUAUAGAAGGUACAAUCUGCUGUAUUCAUCAAUGUGAAUGUAACCAGGAUUCAUCACAAUACAAUAUUGCAAUAUGAUACAAAAUUGAUGAUCACCAGAAUUAACUUUGAAGCUAUCAAUGUAACAUCAACUGACAAACCUUAACAGUAAAGUGUUUACAAUUAAUGAACAGUCAAGAUAAAAAUGUUUUUUUCCUCCUCAACAAAAAUAAUUGUAAGAAAUGAAAUCAAUACGAGCUUAUGCCUUAAAAUACUUGGUUGCUUUUUUGGCUUAAUUGAUAACUUUUUUUUCUGUGAUUAUAAUACAAAUAAACCAUCUAUUGAACCAUCUAA